AUGCGGGAGGCAAGUCUGGAGCCCGACGUCAUCAGCUACAACGCUGGGAUCAGCGCGUGCGGACAGGGCGAGCAGUGGCAUCGGGCGGUGGCGUUGCUCAGGGACAUGUGGGAGGCGAAGCUUGAGCCCACCCAGAUUCAGCUACAACGCUGGGAUCAGCGCGUGCGGGAAGGGUGA